CAUCUACCCUACACGCCAGGAUUUGAGUCUGCAAAAGGGAAAAGGUUGGCGAUAGAAAGAGAGAGAGAGAGAGAGAGAGAGAGAGAGAGAGAGAGAGAGAAACAGUCGAAUAGAGGGGAGCUUGAAGUGGAGGCUGCCUCAAAUUGUCCGAAGGGGCAGCAUUUCUCCAUCUAGUUCCGGUUGCUCUUUCUGCUACAUUGCAUGCUGUUUGGAACAGCAACAAUAGGUUACCAUCAUUGAAACCGGAGGAAUAUACUUCCGCUAGACUGACUGAUCUUAUUUAAUGCGAGACAAACAUGAGUUCCUAUUUUGUUAAUCCUCUUUUCUCCAAGUACAAAGGUGGCGAGUCGUUAGAGCCGACUUAUUACGAUUGUCGGUUCCCACAGAGCGUUGCACGAAGCCACACGCUUGUGUACGGACAUGGAGCAGCUGCGCCGGGGUUUCAGCACCCGUCACAUCACGUACAAGACUUUUUCCAUCACGGCACCACAGGUAUCUCUAACGCGGGGUAUCAGCAAAACCCCUGCGCUCUGGCGUGUCAUGGAGACGCGACGAAAUUUUACGGAUACGAAGCUCUUCCGAGGCAAUCGCUUUAUGGUGCCCAGCAAGAGGCGAGUCUAGCGCAAUACCCAGACUGUAAAUCGUCCAAUAGUUCUAACCCUGGAGAAGGACAAGGCCACUUAAAUCAAAAUACCUCUCCCAGCCUCAUGUUUCCAUGGAUGCGACCUCACGCUCCUGGGAGACGCAAUGGGAGGCAGACAUAUAGUCGCUACCAGACUCUGGAGCUGGAGAAGGAGUUUCUCUUCAAUCCGUACCUUACACGCAAGCGGCGGAUUGAAGUGUCCCACGCGCUAAGCUUGACUGAACGGCAGGUGAAGAUCUGGUUCCAAAACCGCCGAAUGAAGUGGAAAAAGGAAAAUAACAAAGACAAGUUUCCGGGUCAGAGAGGGGAGGCCGACGCCGAAGCCGACGAAGAGGGCAAUGAGAACGGCGAAGCGGAAGAAACCGAAGACAAGGAAACGGAAGAGAAAGAAGAAAGCAAGAACUGAUUUUAUGGUCUUUUUAUGGUUAUAUGACGGACAAGACGUUGCGGGGACUGCUAAUGAAAGAAAAGACGUGCCAAACAGUUGGGUCAAAACUGAGAAAAAUAUUCAGGACGUCAGUCCAAACAUGAAAGCACUAAAAUUAAAUCUUUAAAAUAUAUAAUUAGAGAAAAUAUACAAUUCUGUAUUGCAUAACCGCACCGAUGUGGAAUAGGUUGUAUAACUAGAAUACCGAUAUGUAAAAGAAUUUUGUGAUUUUUAAAACAUUAUACCUUGUUAACAGAGUCGCUUGUAUUUCAAAGAUGGAACAAGUUUUGAAAAACAACCAUAUCAAAAUCAUAAGUAACAAGAAAUCAAUAUCAGGACUUACUGGCAUUUGAAUGUUUACAGAAAUUGUAAACAAACGUGUUGGUUUUGUAUAUAGAAUUUGUCACAAUAUUCUGGCAUCAAUAAUAUCAACUUGAUGAAAGGAUCCAAUGUAAUUCCAAUAUCACAUGUGCAAAAGUAAUAAUAAUAUUAUUAAUAAUAAUAAUAAUAAUAAUAAUAAUAAUAAUAACCCUCUGAAGAUGAAAAUGUUGCAGUAGCACCAUUUAAAUGAAAACGACGUUGACAAGUAUCGUAAUGUGUAUUCUAAAUUUUACAUGAACUAGUACUUGUAGUUUAUUAUCAAGCUUUGUGAUGACGAAUGGGCAAGAUUGCAUUUUGUAAUGUUUUCGUUAUUUUAAGGGGAUCACUAGAGAUUGCAUCGUUUGAAAAAUCUCGGUAAAAGCUACCUAAUCAUGGGGAAUUUGCAAUAUAGAUUUCUACCUAAAGACUUAACCUAAAGCAAAAUUAUGCUUUGUAGUAUGUUGAAACCUAUGUUAUUUACAAAUUGAACAUUUAAGUUGUUUGGGCAUUUAAGACUUUAAAAGACUUAAAGAGCUUAGAGCCAAGCUAACGAUUUCAAGAAAUUGUAUUACACCACUACCUAGUUAGGCAAAGUCUUGCCCAUAAUAAAUGGUUAGUUUGUCCUUAUCGGAGAGCAGCUUUGUUUAAUGAAAUAUUAAC